UGGAGAGUACUGAAUUAUAUUCUCUUACUUCUCUUGAGCAUUACGCUUCAAAAUAGUCUGCAGCAAUACUCCUGCAGUCUGGCAGCCUGCUUUGUUUUGGUUGUUGCUUCCUAUACAGUGUUUUCACAUGUACUGUACAGCUCUCAGGAAAUCUCUGCCUCUUCUCCUCCUGCCAAUGUUUUGUUCCUUUAUCCUAAUCAAUGUUCCAACAGCUGAACUUGCCUGUAGGCUUCCAAGUGUGCUGUAGCCAACACCCUGUUGACAGCCUUUGUCCAUGUGCCAUAGGCCUUGGGAAUGCCAGAUAGUUCUUCUGGUUCUUUCUGCAGAACAACACGAGUCAUUUGCAGCAGCCUGAUGGUUUUUCUCCCAGCCUAAGCAAAUUAGUUGCACCGAAACUUUUUAAUAACCGUAGCAUCCAGUCAGCAUUAAUGUGCAUCUCCUUGGAAAGAGAGAACUCCCAGCAGCAAUUUCAGAAGCCUUAUGAUGGAUUUGGUGUCAGCUUUGAGGUGUAAAACUGAGGAUUUGAGCUCAUACAAACAUGUGGACUUAAAGACGGGACAGUGAGGACUGUCCCAUCAGUGCCGUUGCGCCUGAAGUCCAUGAAUAGUUUGCAAUCAGCUAUAUUACAGCUUAGUAAUGUUUGUUGGGGUGACACUUCUAAAGGAUAUCAAGGAUUUUUCCUUUUUGCACUUCACGAAUGAUAAAGUAACAAGGAAAGGAAGAGGAAUCUUCUUUCUUUUUAAGAAUUACCAGAUUUGAGCGUGCUGUUCCCACAGCAUCCCCCAAAUUUCAGUAAGAAGCUGUAGGGAGGCUGAUGAAUUGAUCCCUAACCUAGGGCAUACGUAAACCUUCCCGUUACCUUCAAACCGAAGCCUUGCUGCUUAUGUCCAGUAACCUUAUUUUUAAACCAGACCUGAUUCAUGUUCUAUUUUCUAUGCCAGAUGAGGUCCUGGUUGUGAGUAAGUGUUGUGACUGUAGCUGGCAGCGGCCCCGAGUGAUUGCCUCACUUCAGGAAAUGUUAAAAUAACACUUUUUUUCUUAGAAAGCUAGUUCGCUCCCCUCCCACUUUUAAUUCUCCUAAUAGCUGCCCCCAGUUUGGCAGCUGCCUGACAGAGGGUUGUUUGUGUUGCUGGGCAAGAGCAGAGCCACUCCAGUGGUUGCAGUGCUACAGUAGAGGCACGAGAAGUGAGCUAGGCAGGCAAGCUGGCUUCAGCUCUUUAGAGGGUUCUCUGAAAUCUGGAAGGAAAACUGCUAAACUGUGAGAAGAAUCUUGUUCCUCCCUCUGCACUCUGCAUCUCAGGCUGUGAUUUUUAUUUUUAUUUUUCUCCUGGAGAAGAGGAGCUGAAGCUGCUUGCUUGAGAUGGGCCAUAUGGAGGUGUAACUGCUCUUAGCACUACAGCAGUCCAGUGGAGUCAACAGUUGCUGGAAUGGGUGUUGCCUGAGGCUGGAUUCAGCAGGUUUUAUCUGCUGUUUUGUACUUGCGCAGUCAGGCCUUCAAGGUACUUUGCAAAGCUGGAGUGGGGCUAAGGAGAACUCUCCUCCACCCUGUAUCCAUGGCUGUUUGGUCAGCUGAUCCAGGGAAGGUUUGUAAUUCUUCAAGAGGAUAAACUCUCAUUUUAUUGCCCAGCUCCUGCCUUGUUUGAUCACUGUUCUGGUGAGAUGGUUUGUGUUCAGUGCUGUUUUUAUUUAUCUUUUGGAACUGUUUGAUUGCUGAGGGAGGAAUAAAAGCUAUUUAUGGCUGGAUAACCCUGCCUGGCAAUCCCUGUGUUUGCAUGUCUGGGGUAUAUAGCCUUAACUUUUGGGGAUGCUUGCAUUGUAGGGGUUCCCCAAGAACUUUCAUUUACGAAUGUUAGCCAGAAAAGCCCUGGCAUCUGUCAGAUCUGGAAGCACUGUGUAGGAAGCACUGGAGUACCUGCUAGGAGAAUGCCAAGUGCUGAUCCUGUGUGUUAUGUGAAUAAGUUAUUUUGGAACUGAAAAAAACAUUGUAGGAACCAAGAUUGUUUGCAGUGCCUGUUCUACUUGCAAACCUUAACUGUGAUCCUCUUCUUGAGUUGGAAUGUGAAUGUAUCCAUCCUGAAAUGCAGCCUGCUUUCCUUUUCCUGUAAUGGAAACUGUAUUGUGAAUGACUUGCUUUCUCCUGAAGGCCAGUUCCAGCACUAAAGCUGCAGAGAACUUUUUGCUGCUAGGGAUGGCUCAGAUCAAAGCUAUGCAGAGUACUUUUCUGUAUAAACCAGUCCCUUGUACUGGUCAGCUCUAGCAGGUUACUACGGGGCCCAAAAACACUAAACUCAGAUGUAUAUUCUAGAAAUUUACUAAAGUUGUUUGGAUUCUUUUUCUGGGUAUUAAAUGCCUCGUGACUUUUUGCUCCUUCAUGGAGCCUUAGCUUGGAGGACUUCUCUAGGGGGGUUGGAAGGAGGUGGAAUAAAUAACAUCAGUGGGCAGUCUGGUACUUCACUGAGAGGUUGUGCUCAGCCUGUCCUUGUUGUAGGAAGAGCUGGUAGAAAAGCAAAGACAGUCCAGAGUGCUGUAAUCUCAGGCAUUACUGCUCUCAGUCUUCUGUUAGAGGAGAAAUCCUUUGCUCAAAUUCUCCAGCUUGGAUAAUGAUGUAAAACCAGGGACAGCUGUACAGUCUGACCAUAGAUGAGCUCUCAAAGUUUAAUAGUGUGGUAGUAAGGAGCAGUGCAUUCACUGGAAGAAGAUGAGCUCCAGUAGCUGAAUCCAUACCUCCUUUAGACAAGGGAGGAGGAAUUCAAGUGCUUUUCUGAAGAGGGCAUUAGUGACUUAGCACAGUGCCUGUUUCAUUUCUGUCUCUGCUUUGCAGGGUGCAGUGCUUAGGUGGUAUGCGUUACCUUCGCUGGUGGAAAGGAAGGAUGGAUUGAUAAACAGGUCAAUACUGUGCUCUGUAAAUGUUGCAUGCAAGGCUGUGUGACAGUGUUUAACUUGUCUCUUGUUUUUCUUUCCAUCCAUUAGGCAAUACUGACUAGCUGACAUCUUGACAAGGUCUCCAAGCAACGUUUUCUGUAGAGCUGAAUGAAAGCAGAAGCAGCUGGGUGAAUUGAUGAGCUUGCCUUGGGAGCCUCUAAGUAGGCAAAAUUGGAACCCACGAUGGGUCAAAAGGUCACAGGUGGGAUAAAGACAGUGGAUAUGAGGGACCCGGUGUACAGACCAUUGAAGCAGGAGCUCCACAGACUUGACUACAGCAAACCCACGCGUCUGGACUUGCUACUGGACAUGCCUCCUGUAUCCUAUGAAGUCCAGUUAUUGCAUUCAUGGAACAAUGAUGAUCGCUCGCUGAAUGUAUUUGUGAAGGAGGACGAUAAACUCAUAUUUCACCGGCAUCCGGUGGCUCAGAGCACAGACGCUAUCAGAGGCAAAGUGGGGUACACACGAGGACUGCAUGUGUGGCAGAUAACGUGGGCAAUGCGGCAGCGAGGCACACAUGCUGUGGUAGGGGUGGCAACAGCAGAUGCCCCUUUGCAUUCUGUAGGGUACACCACACUUGUAGGAAAUAACCAUGAAUCGUGGGGAUGGGACCUUGGGCGUAACAGACUGUACCACGAUGGCAAGAACCAGCCGAGUAAAACCUAUCCUGCCUUCCUAGAACCAGAUGAAACUUUCAUUGUGCCGGAUUCCUUCCUGGUGGUUCUGGACAUGGAUGAUGGGACACUGAGUUUCAUUGUAGAUGGGCAAUAUAUGGGUGUUGCCUUUCGGGGACUUAAAGGGAAAAAGCUGUAUCCAGUGGUCAGCGCAGUGUGGGGACACUGUGAAAUAAGGAUGCGCUACUUGAACGGACUUGACCCUGAACCACUGCCUCUGAUGGACUUGUGUCGGCGAGCUGUGAGGCUUGCUCUGGGCAAGGAAAGACUGAAUGAGAUCCCUACCCUGCCACUGCCAGCCUCCCUCAAGAGUUACUUGCUCUACCAAUGACCUUCAUGUUGUGGGACAGAGAGUUGAAACCAAGGCAAAAUGUCUGGAGCUGACCCACUGGGCAGUGGGUUCACCACCCUCGUGUCAUUGCUACUGUUGGAAAUCCUUGGCCAAAGUACUCCUGUUACUGCUAAAAAUCUCCAUGUGCCCUUAAUGGCAAGCUCUCGAGUCUUUAUUUUGCGAUGGAGUGUUUUGUUCUUUGGAAGUCACUUCCCCAGCACAGUUUAAAAAAGGAAACUUAACAGAAGCUCUGUGCUUCCCUGCUUCUCCUGAUAAAAGGCUGUACUGCAUCCUUGGGGUCACAGAGCCUGGGAGUGAGCCCUUCUGUAACAGUUUAAGGGAAGAGCAUAGCUGGGGGAAGGGAAGGCACUAGGAGUGAUCUUAAGACUAGGUGCUAAGAAUGGAAAGGCAUGGGGUGGCCAGUGGAAUUGGGAAGAGUCUGGAAUACCAAGAGAAAAUCAUUGCUGAGUUCUUUAAAAACCAAAAAAACACAACAAAACCCUAACACCAAAACCAAGAACCCUUCCACCAGGAUGCUUUAUUUGAAGGAAGUGGUUAUAUUGCUCAUGUCUGUCUCUGCCAGGACCUCUCACCAUGUUCUAAUGUUACUUCAUAAAAAGUGAAUCUUGCUUUCCUGUUUAUCACCAUCACCUUCUCAGUUCUCCUGCUCCAUUCUCUGUCCUGCAGCUUCUGAGUGGGUGUCAGCUGACUGAGCAGCCACCCCAUGUCUUCACCUGCCCUCUUCCUCUUGAAUGAAAGCUGUAGGUUUUAGUUUGGGAUUCCUUGCUGAUGUGGGGACAAAGAAGGGGCAAAUGUUUUCUGCAAAGCACUUCUUGGUGAGACAGGCUGGAUGAGCUCUGACACUUGUCAGACAGCUGUAGGUCUUGCCAUCUUAGGUCUGCUUUCUGUUUAGCCCGUUCCAGGCUAAAGCUGUAGAGAAACAUAGUGGUUCUCUAAUGACUUCCAGGAAAUUUUCUUCCUGAAUGGAUCACUUAGUCACCCAAACCAGGCUUUCUUCUGCUGUAGACCAUCAGCAUGAUCUCCACUUAGCUAUGCAGCAGGAAUAGUUCUGUUUCUUGCUUGGGGUUGGGGAAGUCAUCCCAGAGAAGGCGGUAGCAACGUGACUACAGUAGUGCCAUAGGAAGACCAGGAAUGCAGAAAGUGGCUGCAGAAUGUAACGUGAGACUUCGGUGGGGUGAUCUUCAGCAAGAAGAGAACCUCCCCAGAGCUGGGGUUUGGCAGGGGAGAUCUUCAAUAACCAGGACUAGCAAUUCAGGCAAAAUCAGCACAUCCCAAAUAGAUUCUUGCCUCAGUAGCCAGGUAAAGAGAGGAUGACACUCCUUUACUAGCAGGAGCUGCUCUCUUGACCUCUCUGCAGGUUACUAUGCUGCCUUUCUGAGGUUAUUUUGCACAUUUCUUUGUCUUGAAAAAAAUAUUUGUAUGGUUGGUUUUUUUUUUUUUUUUGCUCUUGAGUUAUUCCCUCAGUUCUGUGUAGGUACAAAUGAGUUUAGUUGUUGAAAAUGUUAAUAUAUAUAUUUGUGGUGUAUGUAUAAGAACAUGUUUUAAACAGCUGCUGUAGGGUACCUUUUUAAAAUUAAACUACUUGCAUAGUAUAUUUUUAAAGCACAGAAUUGGUGCCAAGACUGGGUGGGGUGUGAUAUGCCCCUUUCUUUUUUAAAACUAAUAUUUUAUGAUUUUUUUUUUUAACAUAGGGGUUUGUACUAGUUUCUGUUGCAGGGUGGGACACAAAUUGCACAAUAAAAUACAGUGUGUAUGGAACUCUACAUGGUUGCCUUCAGCUGAACCAGUGUCUUCCCUAACUGCUGGGAAGCAGCUGUGUUCUCCCCACUUCUAAUACUCUUACGCUCCUUUGUCUCCAUCUCUUCUCACUUCUCCAUUACAUUUUGUACAGUUUUAAACUCUCACAUCCUAUUUUAUGGCUGUAGAUAAUACUCAAUAACCUAAUAAACUUUAUUAAAUAUUG